CAGAGUCAAUCGUUUUUCUCAGCUCGUUAGACCAACUUCUAGUACUUACUACUUGGCUUGGUUGACAACUUCUCAUUAAUUACAGCAAAAUCUCACCUCUAAAGAGCAGUUUUACAAAAUAAUAAAAGUUUCUUGCCAAGUAUUUAAUACUUACGUUGAGCACAUGAACCAGUUAUAAAGUUCAUUCUCAAGCCGAAGUAAAGUGCGUGUACGUUGAUUGAUUGGAAUAAUUGUCGAUACAUUCCGUCCAUGAUGGAAGGGAUCUUCGUGAAUGGGUUUCAUCAUCACCAGUACGGAUCAUUGCAAUCUCAUCAGUUUAACCAUCUGCCCUCGUACCCUGGGAGUGCAUACCACCCACAACAUCAUUCCCACCAUCCAUCAUUUUGCAAUAUGAAUAUUCCAAUGUCCAUGAGCACCCUUCAGCAACAUCAAGGCGGCAUUGGUGGCAGAAGCCUAGAGUCCAACUUUCACUCCACCAACGUUGGGGGAAUUGGUGGCAAUGGUGGCGUCACACCCAAGGACCAUUACCCUUGGUGGUCGACGACUGCCUCCCCCUCACAGUCGUCACAAUCCCAAUUGCAGCAGUCACCACCAAUGUCAACUUCCGGGAACCAUUCGUCCUUCACCCCCUCCAUGUUCUUCUCCCCGUCUCCCUCGUCCGUGGCGGCUGCCGUGGCCUCCAUGCUCCCCACCUCCAGUCAGAGAAAGUCAAGGAGAUGUCGAUGUCCAAAUUGUCUCGCAGGAAUUCAACCUACUCAAGUUCCGGGUGAAAAGAAAAAGAAGCGACAGCACAUUUGUCACAUGAUUGGAUGUGGAAAGAUCUAUGGGAAAACAUCUCAUCUUAAAGCCCACUUACGCGGACACACGGGAGAGCGUCCGUUCGUUUGCAAUUGGCUGUUUUGUGGAAAACGCUUCACACGUUCCGAUGAACUGCAGCGACACUUGAGGACGCACACGGGCGAAAAGAGAUUCAUAUGCAAUGUAUGCCAAAAACGGUUCAUGCGCAGUGAUCAUCUCGCAAAACAUGUCAAAACCCACAACAACCCCUCCUCAUCUCGGAACAAAGGGCAGCAAAGUAGCAAGAUGAGUGACAGCCAGAAAUCAAAGUCAGUCAAUAAUACCACAACCGCAACAUUUGACUCAAUUUUGCCCGAAGUAACGUCAACAACAAGAACACCACCAUUAUUGUCAUCCUCUUCGUCAUCAUCCCCAUUAUCUACAGCCUCAUCUGCAGGUGAGCACAAAGACCUGUCCGGACUGCUCUACUACGACAGACAGCCUGGAAAGGGAACUUUUGCUGGAAGAUUUGCGAUGGGCAACAGCAUUCAGUCAGAUAUUAAAAAUUCAAUGGGCAUCUUAGCAGAGAAUAAUAAUGGCAACAGUGGCAGCAGAAGCCGAGUGGUUGACACUGGUGAAAAUAUUCACUAUUCACUCCUGUCACCGUCUUCUUCCACCUUGUCACCUGCAUCGUCUUCCUCAUCAACCUGUUCUUCCACACGGUCGUCCUCAAGUCCAUCAUCAAAGCGGACUAUUGUUACCCCGUCAUCUUCUCCGUCAUCAUUGGAGUUGACUCCUGUCAAAUCUCCGUCUUCUCCUCAGGCACAAGCACAGCAGACGUCGUCCUUCCACUCAAAUCAAUUUCCUCUUCAUCCCUUUCAACCUCAUUUCCCUGCCUCGUAUUACGAUAACAAUGGUGUCGUUAACCAAAGCGUUUGUAAUCCCGGUAAUAAUAUGAGUAAUGGAAGCAAUAAUGCACACUUUACAUCCUACCCACCACUUCAUCACGGGUCCUAUUCUUCAUCCGUCGCAGUGAAAGCUUGUUCCCCAGUUAAUAGUGGCUUCCAAGGAACAAAUGUCAACUUUCAGAACAAUUUCUCCUCCCAUUAUCAACUUCAUCAGCAACAUUUGCAUCCGGGAAUGAAUAGCUUAUUUGGGAUGUAGAAUGCAUAAAAGAUGAGAAUUGAGACAGAUACAUACAUUCUUUUGAUGCGCAUGGUAGCGAAAGAUCAGAUUGAAUCACACACUUGCCAUAUUUUUAUUAUUAUUAUUCAAAAAGAUUGAUUUUCAGCUAUGCAUAUAUUGAAAUUAAUGUUAAUAAUAUUUGUGGUUUUUGAAACAUGCUCAAUCAUAGUGGCUGCAAGUAAAAACAAAUUAUUUAAGAUUUUAUGUAUAUUACAUUACUAGAAUUAUACAUAUUCUGAGCAUUAUUCUCAGUAAUAGCCUUCGUAAAUAACUAUAUACUGCUAGCAGUUUUAUCAAUAUAUUUUUAGUGAGUAUAAAAAAAUAAUUAAUGACAAUCCAUAAACACAAGUAAUCAAAAAUAAAAACAAUCAUCCAAAAAUAAAAAA